GAGCUGCGGGGCGCGGGGAGGGUGGUGCUCUCUGUGGGAGAGGGAGGGAUUUGGGCCUGAUCCGAGGAAGAAAUAUUUGUUGGGGUCUCAAGUCAAGGACGAAUUUUCCUCUACAACAAGUCAAGGAAGAUUUCCAUGGGUCCAGCAAAAGGUUCUCGAACAAUAACUAAGAUCACAAUAAAAGGAUAUGACGAUCAACAGCAUGACGAGGAUCCAACUAGCUCAAGCAAGGUUAAACUGAAAAAGAGAAAAAUGUCAGAUUUAGGUCCUCAAUGGAGCAAGGAUGAGCUUAUGCGCUUUUAUGAAGCCUACCAUCGAUAUGGAAAAAACUGGAAAAAGAUCAGUGCAUCUGUGGGUGGAAAAUCAGCAGACACAGUAGAAGCCCUUUACAGUGCGCAUCGGACUUUCUUAUCUCUUCCUGAACGUGAAGGGACUGCCAUGGGAUUUGUUGCUUUGGUGACUGGUCAUCACAAUGUUUCGCAGGAUGAAUCCAAGAGUCAUAAAGAAAAUGAUCAAAUGGGUAGAUCAUCUGGGAAGGCACGGAAACGUGGAGAAGCUACAGGGCAGAAAGAGAAGGAAGUAUGCCAUGUUCACAGCUCCUAUCAUGAAAGAACUUAUGGAUUGUCUUCUUUCAAGAAAAGAUACUAUGGAGAACUUGUCAAGAGCAUUCCAAGACAUCCGACAGGGAGACGUACUCCUCGAGUACCAGUUAUUGUUCCUGCAGACAUGAAUGCUGCUCAUGCUGCCGCACCAGAAAUAGAAAAUGCUAUCAACUAUACCAAAAAGGAUAGUGAAGCUAUCAAUAAUGAGCUUGGAUGCUCACCUGAUGGAAGUUCUGGAAUCUCAGAAUCAGCUAAAGUUGUUCAAGGCCAGACUUCCUUGGAAACUAAAGGUACUGUAGACUCUCAGAUACAUCAGACUCUGGGGGGCUUGAAAAAGAGAAGAAUUAAGCAGAGUAUGGAUCACGGUCAGGCAGUUAAAGAUGAGCAUGAAACCACGGUUUAUCAGAGUCUUAUGAGAAUGUUUUCUCCAGAUGAAAUGUUGGUCUUAGACGUUUUGGAGAGUUUGGUGACUGUACCCAGUAAAAUUUCAGAGCCUAAAAUUAAUAUUCCUUCAGGUACACUUGGAAAGGAUGAUUCUGCAUUGUCUCACAGAAGGGAGGAAGGCCCUUCUUCAGUUAAGAGAUCCAAACAAGGGAAGCAAGCUGGUGAAUGCAAUUCUUCCAAGACAAGGAAUAAAAGGAGAAAGAAGUUAAUAGCUGAAGAGGCGCCUACUGAAGAACCAAACAUUUCUAAUCAUUUAGAUUUGCUAGAAGAACGUCAAGUUGAUGCCACUGGGUGUGCCUUGAAUUCUGAUCCUGAAAGGGGAAUGAUUAAUUUACCUGAAUCAACUGCAAAUAUUUCUUCCGAAGUCCCUGACCGGCUACCACCAAUGAAGCCUGAGAUAAAUAUGUCAAGGAGGACCAAAAGAAAAUCCAUGAAACAAUGUGGGUCUAAGUAUGCCAUUUGCAAUGGAGCAGAUAGUUUACAGGCUAGAAGAUUGCAUCAUUGCUUGUCAUCGGAAUCACUUCGUAGAUGGUGUACCUAUGAGUGGUUCUACAGUGCCGUUGAUUAUCCAUGGUUUAUGGAUAAUGAUUUUGUGAACUACUUGAAUCAUGCAAAAUUGAGCCAUUUGUCAAGGCUCACUCGAUCUGAGUGGAGCACAAUAAGGAGCUCGCUUGGCAGGCCCCGACGCUUUUCUGAUCAUUUUCUGGUGGCAGAAAAAGAAAAGGUUGAAGAUUAUCGCAAAAAAGUUAGGCAAUACUAUGCUGAUUCACGGGAUUCUCUACCACCAGACCUAGCUCGGCCAUUUUUAAUUGGCCAGGAGGUAAUUGUUCGUCACCCAAGGACACGAGAGCUUUGCGAUGGUAAAGUGGUGAUGAUGGAACAUGAUGGUUAUAUGGUCCAGUUUGAUAGGCCUGACCUUGGUGUUGAUAAAGUAAAGGACACUGAUUGUAUGCCUGUAAACUGGUCGGAUAAUCUGCCCGAUGACCUCAAAAAGAGGAUCUUCCUUCCAAAUAAUUCUCACAGCAGAGCAGAAGCUGAGCAAAUUCCAAAGCUUACUUCAAAAGAGAACUGGGAUCAUAUCAGUGGAGAGGCCGAGCCAUCCAAAACUAUGCACAUAACUUCAGAUGAACAGAUUGAAAUUGCUGUGGAUAUUGAAGGACUACCCAACAAGAGUGCCUCUAGUAAUUGUGGACCACUACAACCGCUCCAGUCUGUAGAUGACAUUGUACGGGCUAGAGACUGGUCAAAGCACAGCAAUGGUUACAAUGAUGAGCUAAUUUCCUCAUUUGUCGAAAUGUCAUUGUCAAAAGCUAAACAGAUGGUUGACGAAGUUAUUCAGACAAUCUUUGAGAAUGGUAAAAGUUCUCUAGAAGAGACAGUCAUAUCAAAUGAAACAACCGAGACUAAAAGUCCAGAACCGGAAUUUGCUGCCCAUUCCGAACUUCCAUGCAACCUGAUAUUCAAUUGCGUUGCCACAAUUCUUGCAAUCAAGCACCUUAGCGAGAACCGGCAUCCACCUGCUAACAUAGCAGGCGUCCUGGAGCGUGCUUGCUUAAUGCUGCGCCCAAGCUGUUCAGAGAAUCUCCCGAUCUACAACGACAUAGAGAAUUGUAUCUCUGUCAUAAAGAACCAGAUAGUUGCUCUUGUGCCAACAACAUCAAGCAACGCCAGGCUGCCCAUGUACAUGUAAACAGUUCCAGUCUUCUCGCAGACGGAAGACGUGGUUCCUGGCUGAUUGAUGUCUAGAAGAAUUGAUGAAUCCAUUGCGUCUGGGGGAGUGCUUGAAAAUUGUGAGCUUGGAUCUGCAGCAUCAAGAGUAGGCGGCGGGUCAUUCGAUUGAUUUGGCUGUCCAGCUCUCUUGUAAAAUGUGUAUAGAUUCUUGGAGGAAUAAACUCUUACAGUUUUUUAGUUCCAUAGAUUUCGCAAUAUAGUUUUAGGAUAAAGGAAUCAACAUUCCAGUUGUAGUUAAUAAUGAUUCCUAGAGUCAUGAAUACAAUGCCCAGGUGAUUCACAGAGAAGAAUACCAUCUUGAUGGUCAUUAGAUUUUCCUUAAAUGGAAAAACAACUGUGUUACAGAAAGGAACACAAAGAUGCUGGUUGUAACUUCCAUAUACAUUACUGUGAAAUAAAUAAUGUGCAGUGAGUCCUGGGCAUGCUUACAAAAUGGCUGUGACAACUGAGAUGAAAUGCAUCCUAUUCCUGCCUCCAAAAGAAAGAAAGGUAGCAAGACAAACCAUAUGAACUCCGUAUUUUCUG